ACACCCGCUCCGUGACGCCGAUCGGCCGGGGGAGGAACCACACACGCGAUGCGCUGAGCCCGGAAAGCGGCGUGCAAUCCUCCGCCAAAGGGAGGCAGGACACACCGGUCACCGAUCUGCCUUCAAGCGGUGCUCUCUCUCCGCGGACAUCGAUCCGUCUUGGACCGAUCCUGGGAGUGACACUGCGGGGGAUCUCAGGCAUAACAAGUGUGUGUGUGUGCAAGUGUGUGUGUGUGUGUGUGUGUGAUUAGUGAUUAGUGAAUGAAUGAGCGAUGCCAGGUGUGACCAAGUACAAUCUGGUGGACGACUCCCACGACCUGAGGGUUCCUAUGCAUAACGAGGAGGUGUUCCAGCAUGGAGUCUGCUUCGAGGCCAAGUACAUCGGCAGCCUGGAGGUGGGUCGUCCUGGCAGUCGCAUGGAGAUAGUCGCCGCCAUGAGGAGGAUCCGAUACGAGUUCAAACUGAAGAACAUCAAGAAGAAGAAGGUCAACAUCGUGGUGUCCACGGACUUUGUCAAGGUCGUACUGAGGAAGAAGAAGAGAAAAGGCUGGACCUGGGACCAGAACACCAUCUUGGUGUCGGAGGACCCCAUCUACAGGAUUUUUUAUGUCUCGCAUGACGCACAAGACCUGAAGAUCUUCAGCUACAUCGCCAGAGACGGUGAGAGCAACAGUUUCCGCUGCAACGUCUUCAAGUCCAAGAGGAAGUCCCAGGCCAUGAGGAUCGUGCGGACCGUGGGUCAGGCCUUCGAUGUGUGCCACCAGCUGACUCUGCAGCAGAAGACCGAGGACCAGGAGGACCAGGAGGACCAGACCAAGGAGCAGGAGGACAUGUCAGGUUUGACUAGUUCUUAUGACCCGGCAGUGUUUCCUGAAGUCAUCCGUCAGAACCCGGCGGUUCACACUGGAGACCGGACGGGUUCGGCAUUGAAAGGGUGUGCUGGUCCUGCAGCGGAGAGGAGGUUUGCGUGGUCAGAGACUGACCUUGAAGGCACCACAGAGGACAGCAUGGAGGGCACCACCUCAUCAGACCUGGAGAGAAACAAGAAGGUCCCGGGAAAAGACGGGAAGUUCUCCGAUGAUGGCUCUCUCCUUCUGAGCUCGCCCGCCAGCCAGGCUCCUUUGGCGGCUCAGUCCGGUGCAGACAGACCCUGCAGUUCUUCGGAGCAUCGCUUCCAACUCCUGCAGAAAGAAGUGCAGCAGCAGGAGCAACACGCCCUGGCAGCUGCUGCCCAGGUGCACGUGCUGCGAGGCCAGCUCUCCGUGGAGGUGUGCGCUCGGACCGAAGCCCAGACCAGAGUCCAGAGGCUGCUGCAGCAGAACACGGACCUGUUGCAGCACAUUUCCCUGCUGGUCAAGCAGAUCCAGGAACUGGAGCUCAAGGCCGGCGGACACCUGACGUCCAUGGGCUCCCAGGACAGUCUUCUGGAGAUCACCUUCCGCGCCCAGGCCUCCAGCACGCCCAGUGAAGCCCUCACCCCUUCACCCUCCACGGCCACCUCGCUCUCUCUGCAGCAGAUAAGUGACGGCGCUUGGGUCUCCGCCCUGUCCGCCGGGCCCUGCUCCCCGAGCCCCGCAGCCACCGACAGCAGCCCCCCGGGCCUGGGGGGCGGGGCAGUGCGCCUGGAGUGCUUCCGUUUCUCCUCUCUGGGACCGGAGGGUCCAGAGCAAGGCCGAGGCACGGGAGACACACCCGGCGACGGCGUCCCAGAUGACGCUUCUCUGGUCCUGGGGGCUCUGGAGCUGCUCCGGUUCAGGGAGUCGGGGAUCGGAUCGGAGUACGAAUCCAACACGGAUGAGAGCGAUGACCGGGACAGUUGGGGGCUGGGGGAGGCGGCCACGCUGGACGGCGCCAUUCGACUGUUCAACGUGUUGAACGUGGAGAGUCUGUCGGACUGUUUGGGGGAGGAGAUGGCCGUGUAGACGUGCUCUUCACCUGCCCUCAGCCUGCAGACCACAACCCUGCAAUCAUCCUG